AUGUUGGGAGGCACGAUCAAUUCGGAUUCGGUGUCCUCAGCGUCGAGAUCCAGCACCCCCACCUCUACUGCCCCGCCGUCCGGAGGUUCUGCUGCGAAUGAUGUCCCGGCUUACAUUCACCCUUCGACGCGCACUCCCUCUCGCCCGCCUUCCAUGACGUCCCAUGCCUUUCCUCCGAGCUCAACACAUGGAUCAGAAUCCGCAUACCACUCAGCGCCGGAUUCACCACGCCUAGAACCGACAUAUAGGUCAAUGCAGUCAGUGCCCGGGUCGGAGGCGAAUUCACCGAGCCGCAUUCGAGUCCAGAGCUUGUCCCAUAUCCAGAGUCUCGCCAACGAAGAGAUCGUGGGCUCACAGACCUCCCUCGCCUCGGAUGGAUCCCAGCAACGACAAUAUGAGAUUAGCUCCAUGCCGGUCACGGAGAUCAUCGAGAUGGUCGCGGGACUGCUGACCAGGAUCACCACGACCAACGACACCCAUCACGAACAUGUUCGUCGCCACAUCCCUCCCCCCGAGGGGACCUCAAACCUCAGCCCACAGGCUACCAGCGUGCUCGCCUUCCACGGGAAAAAUGUGCCCAGCAUCACCAUCCUCAGCUACCUCACUCGCAUCCAUAAAUAUUGCCCCACGACCUACGAGGUCUUCCUGAGUUUGCUGGUCUACUUUGAUCGGAUGACCGAGCUGGUCAAUCGGGGGCAGCUAGAUCACCUCCAUCACCGCUGGGAUCGGACCGAGGACUCUGGCGCUUCCUCUGAAGCAUCGGACCAUCCGAUGCAGGACUCUCCGAUGGCGACACCACCUUCAUCAGGAUACGGGCCGGAUGCGCGAGGAUCGCAUACCUCCACCCCUGGCGUCGCCGGGCUGUCUCCCGAAUCCGACCUCGAUGCUCUUUCCCAUUUCUUCGUCGUUGAUAGCUUUAAUAUCCACCGACUGGUCAUCGCUGGCGUGACCUGUGCAAGCAAAUUCUUUUCCGAUGUUUUCUACACCAAUUCACGUUAUGCCAAGGUUGGCGGUCUCCCUCUGGUCGAGCUCAAUCAUCUGGAACUACAGUUCCUCUUAUUGAACGACUUCCGACUCGCAAUCUCCGUCGAGGAACUCGAGUCCUACGGCACUAUGCUGGUAGAGUUUUAUGCGCGGGAAGUCGUUGCCCAGCAACAACAGCCUGUGACUCUUCCCCGAUCGAUCGACCCGGCUCCGGACGCAUACGCCGAUGCCAUGUAUAUGCGCUCCCGCGACAAGCCUCACGACCACGCGGCCUUCGGACAAACUCCGACUCCACCGUAG